AUGCAAAAAGCCCGCAUAGUCACUUGCAGGAACAUUGCCUGCGUCGGCGUCGGCCAGCAGCGCUUCAAGUUUAUCAACCAGUCGACGUCGCCGCCGCCGUCGUCGUCGGGGGGUCCUGCUCACAGCCAAAAGGUCGUCAGUCGCUUCGUCGAGCACGCGACGCCCUUGACCACCGGCAGUCCCAAGUCGCCCCUGCGCAACGGCAACGACAGAGUCGCCGACACGCUGGUCUACUUCCUGGCCUCUACCCACCAGGGCUACAACCUCAAGCCCUUUCGCCUGUCCGUGUUUGGGGAGCUGCCGCGCCGCAUCGGCUACUCGCCGGCCCUCGACGCCUCCCUCGCCGCCUUCACCAGUCUUCUCGAGACGCGGCAAUCGCCAUCGGAGCAGCUGAACCCCAGGUCGCUGCAGCUGUACGCCUCUGGCCUCAAGGCGCUCGAGGCCUCGAUUGCCAAUCCAUUGUCAAGAUACCGCUCCGACACCCUGUGUGCGGCGUACAUCCUGUCCGAAUGCCACAUAUGGCAGGGGCGAAAUGCCAAGCUGUCUCGUGGACAUGCCGAAGGCUUGGUGUACCUGAUAAACAGCGUCUUCAACCCGAAUGUGAAGCUCAACCCAUGGAUCCAGGAACUAUACGACAUGCCUGAACAGCCGCUGCGGCCUCUGCUGGACAUCCAGGCCAUGUCUCGCCUGCCCACCUGCGAGCUCCGCGUGUUUGCCAUGCUCCCGGACCUGAUAAGGCACCCCAGUGAGAAUAAGGAACAAAUCCACUGGAUCUAUAGCUACAUUCUGGAUCAGUACCUGCAGGUCAAGGUCUUUAUCAGCGCCAACAGGGAAACGUCGUGCUGGAACGCCUACGACGGCAUCAUAUGCAACGAACGACACGGCCUGUUCAUUGCCAUUGGCAUCACCCUCAACGCGCUGCUGCGCGCCUUUAACCCAAGCAACAUACUCCUAGUCAGCCAGCGGUCAAUAUUCUGCGCCGAUGCCAUCAUCCUCGCAGAGAGAGCCAAGCAGGAGCGACCGCUGGCCGCCCACCACGUCCCCCAGGCCAUCGUAGCUGCGUGGUGCGUCACGGACGACGAGGCGACCAAGGAGAAGCUCCGGCAGUUGAUUGAAGACUACCGGUCCACCUUUGCCAUGGCCAAGCUCGUGCAGCACUUGUCGUGUUGGCCAGAGGCCCCAGCCAAACUACGGGAGAUUCCGUGGCUCACAUUGCCGCAGAAGGCGGGAGCGGAAGCAGCUGAAGCGGUGGCAACAGAGGGAGAUGCCCAGUCGGUUGACGCGGCCGUGGACGCGGAUGAUGGAACGGAAAUAAUCGAUAGAGAGACGCAUGAAUUUUGCUGCAUUCUAUAA